AUGCCUACUCGUGGCAAGAGAAACAUCGCGGAGUUUGAUCCGAACAAAUCUGAUUCCGAAGAUGAGACGUAUGGCUCCCGGUCUGCAAAUGCUGCGCGCUCCAGACCCACAGCAAGUCGCACAAGCAGACCACCUCGCAAGCGGCGAAGGCGAGAUUACGACGGCGCCAAUUCUUCGCCAAGUGAAAUAUCUGAAAGCGAGAUCAACUCUAUCGAGUCGUAUAGUCAACCAGAGGAUGAAGAUGAGGAAGAAGUUGAGAUAGGUGCGACCGGAAGACCCAAACGCAAGGCUGCCAGAAAUGUCCAGCCAAUAAUCGAGGACGACGAUAGUGCUGGUUCUGAUGAAGAUGAUAAGUUGGAACAGAAGCCAUCUACUAGGAAUAACGCACAACCGAAAAGCCUAUGGAUAGCUCUACCUGUUGUACUUCCAGAUUCGCCUGCCGCACCUCCAGAACUCCGGCGGAGCCAACGGACUCGGAGCGGUAGCGCUGCAACAUCGAGACCUACCUCUGCCGGUACCCACGUCCCAGCAACCCGCCGGAGUAGCCGGAAACCAAGCGUCCAAAGCCCCACCGAGGGCUUCAAAAGACCGACCCGGGGUGGCAAGGGUCCCAAGAAAGGUAUCGCACCGAUAGAGGCAGGCGAGGAUGAAGAGAGCUCUGGACAGUUGAGAGACCAAGGUAGCACUGAUGAGCUCCAAAAAGAUCACUAUCGACAUGAAAUUGCGGAAAGCCAUGAAGACCUAGCGCAAGAACCCGAGGGUGACGAUCAGUUGGGCGACAAACCCUUCGAAGAUGAUAUAAUCGCAGAGGUCCCUAUGACAGAUGAGGGAGAAGGUGCAGAGAUCGAAAUUCCAGAGUCUGAAGGCGAGGAUGAAAAUCCUAUUAGUCGAACGCGAAGAGCUACUCGGCAACGCGGUGUCAACCCACCAAAAUUGAUUGCAGAGAGUCGACGUCUGACAAGGGCUAGAGAUACUGCACUUGGAAAGCGUAAAAUGCAGGAGACUCAGAAAUCUGUCAACCAAGAAAGUAGUGACUUUGAGCCGGCCCCUGAAGAUGCGGAGGAGGAAGAUGUAUCCGAUUCUGCAGAGUCAGCGUCACCGCGAAAGCGCAGCCAAAAUGAUGAUGACGAUGAGAGCAGCCCACUCGGAAGGGACGCAAAGCGACGUAAGGUCAGCAGGAGGAGUCGCCGUGUCUCAAGUGGUGACAGUGAACAAGCUGAGCUACGUGAGGAAAUGCAAGAUUUGAAGUCAUCUCGUAGCAAAAGACGGAUAGCAGAUAUCCUGAUGGAGGAAAAGAAAUCGAGGGUUCGACGACAGCGAGACAAGCAGCCUAAUUAUAACAUUAUGGCCUCAAACGCCGCAAUUGGAGAAGCAAUCGAAGAGUAUGAAAACGAGCCAGCGAGUCAACGAACUCCCUCCAAAAAGGCAGGUGGCUCUAGGACUUAUGGAAGGAGCCUUUUUUCGACGUACGGUCCCUUCGGUGGUGCCGGCGUGCCUGCCAUACUCGGUGGGCCUGCUGGCCUGGGCGCUGUUGGAGGGGCAGACUCUGAUAGCAGCGAUGACGAAUCAAUGCCACGCCCAAGGCCAGUAGGCACUCUUGGUGGAACCUUCGGAAUGACACCAACCUCAGCGCAUCCUGGCGGAUUCGGUCUUUUUCCAGCGCCUCAGGUUCAUGGAGCUGAUCCUGUACAAGGUCCGGGCGGAACACCAGCGAAUCUGGGCAAAAUAAAGGACAAACAAGCCCUCGCAGAUGCGGACCCUCUCGGCGUGGAUCAAAACGUAGAUUUUGGAGGCGUUGGAGGAUUAGGAGAUCACAUUCACCAGUUGAAAGAGAUGGUGACUCUUCCCUUGCUUUACCCCGAGCUUCUUCAGAAAUUUCAUGUCACUCCUCCUCGUGGUGUACUGUUUCACGGCCCGCCUGGAACUGGCAAAACGCUCCUAGCUCGCGCCUUGUCGAACGUUGUAAGCUCCCGUGGCAAGAAGAUUACUUUCUACAUGCGGAAGGGCGCCGACGCCCUGAGUAAAUGGGUUGGAGAAGCCGAGCGCCAGCUCAGGCUUCUCUUCGAAGAGGCUCGGAAAAAUCAACCAAGUAUCAUAUUUUUCGACGAGAUUGAUGGCCUAGCACCAGUGAGGUCAAGCAAACAAGAGCAGAUCCACGCUUCGAUUGUGUCGACGUUGCUCGCUCUGAUGGACGGAAUGGACGGCCGUGGGCAAGUCAUCGUGAUCGGUGCAACCAACCGACCUGAUUCCGUCGAUCCUGCUCUUCGCCGUCCUGGAAGAUUUGAUCGAGAAUUCUAUUUUCCUCUUCCAAACACGGAGGCCAGACGUUCUAUUCUUGGAAUUCAUACUAAGGACUGGACUCCGCAGCUUCAACCAAGCUUUCUAGACGAAAUUGCAAAGGCAACGAAAGGCUACGGAGGAGCCGAUCUGAGAGCUCUGUGUACAGAAGCAGCGCUGAACGCCGUUCAAAGAAGGUAUCCACAAAUCUACAAAUCCAAUGAGAAGCUUCAAGUCAAGCCAGAGACCGUGCAGAUCGGGACAAAGGACUUUAUGCUAUCGAUCAAGAAAAUGGUGCCAUCUUCGGAAAGAUCUGCGUCCUCUGCUGCCGCACCGCUGCCUAGCAGCAUCGAACCUCUGUUGCGUGAAGCUUUAAAGGGUGUAAAGGACCUGAUUGCCAGUAUUUUACCACAAAAGCAGAGCCUAACAGCCUUGGAAGAGGCUGAGUUUGAGGAUGCAGAGGAUGAGAGGGGCAUGGCCGCGGAGCAAAUGCAGCAGGAAUUUGAACGCUCAAGAGUCUUCCGUCCACGACUACUCAUUAGAGGCAUACCAGGUAUGGGCCAACAAUACCUCUCUGCAGCUAUCCUUCAUCAUUUCGAACGGCUGCAUGUUCAAGCAUUCGAUCUCUCAACGUUGCUAAGUGAUUCAACAAGGUCAUCAGAGGCGGCAAUCGUACAGCUCUUUACUGAAGUGCGGCGGCACAAACCCAGCGUCAUUUACAUUCCGAACGUCUAUAUUUGGUAUCAAACUGUAGGGCCGACAGUCAUAUCUACGCUUUGUGGACUUCUCCGGUCUUUGACCCCAAGUGAUCCUAUUAUGCUGCUUGGAGUGUUGGAGUGUGAAGAGAAUGACUUGGUAGAUGAAGACAUGAACCCACUCAUGAAGCAAAUGUUAGCCGACCUCUUUGGGUACUCGAGAAAAAGCCGAUUCACAGUGCCCAGACCAUCAGAACCCUUUCGUCUCGAGUAUUUCAACGCUAUUAACAAGUAUAUCAGGACAUCUCCGGCAGAAUUUCCAGAUCCUACGGAUCGUAAAAAGCGUACUCUAGAAAUAUUACCUGUGGCGCCUCCGGAACCAACUCCAGAGAAGCCACCGCUUACCAAAAAGGAAAUCAAGGAACAAAGACAAAAAGACCACCUAGCACUCAACAUGCUUAAAACACGGAUUCAGCCGGUGAUGGACAUGAUCAAAUCUAGAUACCGCAAAUUCCGCCUUCCAGUCAUUGACGAAAAGGACUUACGCUACUUUCUUGAAGAAGACGACCCCGACAUAGUAACGUCUGAUCUCCCACGGGAACUGGCGAACCGUCCAUACGAAAUAGCUGUAGAUGCGAAGAAUCAGUCAGGUUUCAAAGAGACAAGUACUGGCAAGUUCUUCUACAACAUACACGUUGCUCUCAUCGAACAACGACUUUCAAAUGGCUACUAUGCACGGCCGAAAGAUUAUGCUGCUGAAGUGAAGAAAUUAACCAAAGAUGCGGAAAUGAUUGGCGACGAAGAACGACUGCUAAAGGCAAAUGAGCUUUUUGCUAACGUAGAAGUGGAUAUGGCACAAAUAGAGGCUGAGAAUCCAUACUUGAUCGCGGAGCUAGAGCAUGUUGCAAAGCGACAAGCUGAAAGACAGAAGGCCGAGAUCGAAAAAGCUAAACGUAAGGCUGCAGAGGAGGGCCGAAAGCUAGACUUCGUUGUCUCGAAUGCUCCACCACCAAGCGAUCCACAAGCUCCCUCUACGGGGCCAUCAUCGGGCGUAAUCAAGACUGGGCAACCAUUACCAAAUGGCUUUGUACGAGUUCCCAUCGUAUCGUCGAAUCCCAGCACCCUCACAAAUGGAAUAAGUCGUUUGUCGGAUCUGAGCAACCUUGACGUCCACACGCAGACCAACAAUUCUUCAUUGCGAAAUCAAGAUGAUAUCGAUGUUAUCAUGACAAACAGUGAUGACAGGUCCCCGGACAAUGACAGCCGCACAUAUUCUUCGGUUGGUCAAAGUGCCCAGACACGGCAUCUAGAGUCUCUUCCGGCAACGGGGGGAACAGUAGAGGAUCACAGAGCCAGGGGCGAGACUCUCACUCAAACAAGUGCCGUUACAGGGAUGAUACCUGGUUCGCAACCAGCGGAUUAUGUAAAUACCGCGUCGACAACAUCUUCUGAGAAGCGACAAUAUUCAUCUGGUGACAAGGAAACACCUGUUGACCGAGACACUCAAAGCUGCCUGACACCGCGGGAAAAUACCCAAGCUUCACAAAGUUCGACCCGACCACUGAGCAACCAUUCAAAUACGUCGCCACCUCUGUCACAAGGCCAGACUUUGUCCCAGCAAGAACGCUCCACCAACAUCCCGGCCAUUCCUCCUUUUCCUUCUGAAACAACAGCAGGUAAACCAACCAUCUCCUCUUUGCUUAACACCGGUCCUCCUCCUCGAUCUCGUCAAGCUAGCGGAGCCGAACACCCGCCAUUCAAGAUUGAUCGCGUGCUUAUUGACGAAACCAUUCGAUACUUUGUAGAGCAAUCAAGUGGUUGCAGCGUCGAACAGCUCGAGCAGUGCUCCUCGGCAAUGAUGGACGAGAUAUGGCGGACCAGGGGUGAAUGGGACCGAAUGUCUGUCACGACAAAGGUCAGAAAGAGAUUCCAAGAGGAGAUUGAUGAUAUCAGGGACUUGCAGCACCAAGCUAUGGGAAGCAUGGAGUUUGCAUGA